AAGCUCGGCUAACAACAAGGCUAGCCGGUUAUUCUGUUUAACCUAGCAUGUACAGCAAAUCGUACUUGUUUAGAGUUUACGUGGCAAAAUUCAAAUGAUAUGUAACAUGUUACAGGCCUGUGAUUACAGGCUUUGAAAGGCUCUGACAAAAUAGUGUGAAAGCGGCGGUUGUUUAUAUUUAAAACGCCCUUGUCGUGUUCUCGGCUUUAUUUCAUGUUAUUCUUUAAUUCGAAAGGUACUGUGUAAAAGGUGUACCGCCAAUUAAACCCUUUUUAAAGGUCGUCCUGUGUAAAGAGUACUGAAAUGCCAGCAUGAAAGGGGCGAGUACUUCAAGCCUGCAAAUUCCUGGUGACAGUCAUCAGCGGCAUCAUCAUGUUAAUCCUCUUCAUUUCUGAGCUGCAGUACUAUCUCACAAAAGAGGUGCACCCCGAACUAUACGUCGACACGUCCCGAGGAGACAAGCUGAAGAUCAACGUGGACGUGGUCUUCCCUCACAUGCCCUGCGCCUAUCUCAGCAUCGACGCCAUGGACGUGGCCGGCGAGCAGCAGCUGGACGUGGAGCACAACCUCUUCAAGCGCCGGCUGGACAAAGACAUGCAAGCUGUCACGGAAGAGGCGGAGAAACACGAACUCGGGAAAGCUGAGGACGGACAAGCGUUUGACCCCAGCACGCUCGACCCAAAUCGGUGCGAGAGCUGCUACGGUGCUGAGACUGAUGAACUCAAAUGCUGCAAUACCUGCGACGACGUGCGCGAGGCGUACCGGCGCCGAGGCUGGGCCUUCAAGAGCGCCGACACCAUCGAGCAGUGCAAGCGGGAAGGCUUCACGCAGAAGAUGCAGGAGCAGAAGAAUGAAGGGUGCCAAGUGUACGGGGUUCUGGAGGUCAACAAGGUGGCAGGAAACUUCCACUUUGCGCCGGGAAAAAGUUUCCAGCAGUCGCACGUCCACGUGCACUCUGUGGAAAUUCACGACCUGCAGAGUUUCGGCAUGGACAAUAUCAACAUGACCCAUUCGAUCAAGCACCUGUCGUUUGGGGAGGAUUACCCCGGCAUCGUGAACCCUCUGGAUGGCACGCACGUGACGGCCCCACAAGCAUCAAUGAUGUACCAGUAUUUUGUCAAAAUUGUCCCCACCAUUUACAUGAAUACGGACGGCAAGGUGGUAAAAACCAACCAGUUCUCAGUCACCAAACACGAAAAAGUGGCCAAUGGCUUGAUAGGCGACCAGGGCCUGCCCGGAGUCUUCGUUUUAUACGAGCUCUCGCCGAUGAUGGUUAAAUUUACCGAGAAACACAGAUCCUUCACCCACUUCCUGACCGGAGUGUGCGCCAUCAUCGGGGGCGUCUUCACAGUGGGCGGUCUCAUCGACUCCCUCAUCUACCACUCGGCCCGUGUCAUUCAGAAGAAGAUAGAGCUGGGCAAGGCCUCCUAACGACGGCGCUCCGCCCCCCCGCUGGCGUCCGUGUGCCCCCCCCCCUCCCCUCCGAGAGCACGACACACGGAAGGAGGGACGGACGGACGGACGGACGGGAGGCAGAAGACCGAUCAUCUUUACGUCGUGGACUUCAACAACCCGCCAGGUCCUCCGUCUCCCUUUUUGUUGCUUUCCCGUGAGCGCGACGCUUCCCCCUGCUGACUCAACACCGCCGGCGCGGUCUAAACGAGCACGGGAAGGCCGCUCCGUAUCCCUGGGAAUAGGUUGUCACGGCAACAGCGACAAGGCCCGUGGCUGUGCUCCUUCUUAUACGGAUGUGACCUUUUGCUCCGGUGCCCUUCUUCGUGGUCUCCUGUUUGUCGGGUGUCUUUGGACCUUUUAUAUGUGUACUUUGUGUCUGUCCUUCUUCUUGGUCCCUCGUUUGUGUACUCUUUUUUUUUUUUUUGUUUUUUUUUUUUUUAGCUGACUGGUUUGUGUCCCUUGUUGUUGUCUUUUUUUCUUGAUGCCUGCCUCCACCCCCGCCCCACUUUUGUCCAGGUCUUCUAUUUUUGUCUUUCGCAACCACCUCCAUUUUUUUUUUUUUUAUUAGUGGCCUUGUCUGCAUCCCUAAACUUUUCCCGUCCAUUUUUUUUUAUUUGCAUGCUACUUCUGCAUCAUUUUGUGUUUUUCUGUCCUGCGUCCCCCCCCCCCAUCACUUUAAUAACGAGGUCACAUCAAUAACCGACUUUGUCACCCCGACACGACACGCGCGUGUUGAGAUCACAAAGUUCGAAAUCGUACGUGUGAAUAUUGUUUUGAUGGCCGCAAAAGUAUCAGAUCAACAAGCAUUGAAAAAAAAUAAUGUUUAGUGUGAGUUUUGCGUGAAGGACAAGGCAAGUAAAUGCAUCACGGUUGUUUUUAUUGAUCCGGGCAAAGGGCUUCUUCUCUUCUUUUCGGGUUUCUUUUUCAGGCUUGUCUCUGAUUUUUGUUAUUUUGGAGUCGUCACCUUCAUUCGAAUCAGUCAGACAGUUGUUCCUACGAGGCGUAUUUCUCCUGCCAUAUUUCUAUGAUGGCCCAGUCCGGCAGCGAAGACCUCCGAGAACUUCUCGAGUGUGAAUAAUGCAGUCAGUGGGUGAUCUUUUCCCCCAUUCAAAUCGGGUAGCUCAUAUUUACUGUAUGAGUGUGUGAGGCUAUAAAUGUAUUUAUAUUUUGAUUGUCCUCAAAACUUUUUUUUUUUUUUUUAAUUUUUAAUGACACAAUAAAUGUGAAUGACACCAGCCUUGCUUCAUGCUGCACAUUGACUUUGAUGCAUCGCUGUUAUCCGUACACGUAUUUUUGCCCGAUUUGGGUUGCAGGUGAGCUCGAGUGACGCCUUGACUGGUUGUCUCAUGUGGUCUCAUCCAUCAAAUGUGGGUCUCGAACACAAACAUUUAACUGACCCUGCGGUACACUAAUAUAUCAUUAAUGUAUAUUGUAAUUGGGCGGUACGGCGGAUCAGCUGGAAAGCGCUGGCCUCUCAGUUCUGAGGUCCAAGUUUCGAUCCCAGACCCGCCUGUGUGGACUUUGCAUGUUCUCCCCAUGCCUGCGUGGGUUUUUAUCCGGGCACUCCGGUUUCCUCCCACAUCCCAAAAACACGCAACAUUAAUUGGACACUAAAUUGCCCCUAGGUGUGAUUGUGAGUGCGGCUGUUUGUCUGUCUCUAUGUGCCCUGCGAUUGGCUGGCGACCAGUCCAGGGCGUGCCCCACCUAAUGCUCGUUGACAGCUGGGACUGGCUCCAGCGCUCCCUCGUGAGGAUAAGCGGCUAAGAAAAUGGAUGGAAGGUAUUGUAAUUUAGAAAAUGGAAGGAUUUCAAGUUAAACGCAUUUUUCGUUUCGCACAGUAGUUUUGCAGUGGCGAUUGUCGGCCACGAGGUGGCAGUGUUGUCCUUUCCGCUCCCUGUGGGCAAAACACGCAGGCCGAGUCACUUCCCGUUGCUGUGACGUCAGCACAUUCCUGCGGGAUCCUUUCGUCCAGGAAAUAAUGAUUAAAGCGUGCCAGCGUGUUCUCGGCCCGACUGCGGUCUUCCCUCGUGAUAUCAGUCGGCCAAUCAAAUUGCUCAACGGCGGCGUGCCAAACGUUGACUCAAAUUUGACAAUUAAGCAAGAAACAAUCCGGUUUGGCCAAAAGUAGAACUACGGGAGGAUGCAAUGGAAGGGAGGAAAGCUGGCCGGUGGUGGAAGGAUGACAAUGAUUGAAGGGAAGGAAGUAGAUAUUUGUGUGAUGAGAGGAAACCAGUGAAAGAUGGAGGGCGGAGAAGGAAGGGAGGAAGGGAAGGCCGGGGAAACUAAAGUAGGAAGGGAUAGCGAGAUGUGUGGAAGGGAAGAAUUUUAGGAACGUUAAACGAUAGUAUGACUGGAAAGAAUAAGUUGAAAAGCAAAGGGGAGGGAGGAGAAAAGGACAGGUUGGGGGGAGGGCUGGAAGGAACCAAGGAAGCCCAAAAAAGAAAGAAGCUAGGAAGGAAGGAAACGAGGACGUGAGGAAGCGCUUUUAAUUCACAAUUGUUAAUAUAUGCGCAUAACUAAGGACAAAAACACUUUUGUUUCAAUGCAUUAAAAGUUUAAUUCUGUUCUUUUAGCGGUCAAAAGGAGAAAAAGUGUCUAUAUUAAAUAUGAAGAGUUUGUUUUCAAAACGGGACUAAGCAUUUUUUUUUUUUCAGAUUUACGAAACUCACGCCAAAAUUAUCCAUUCGGAGCUGGAUAAUUUUGGCGCGAGUUUCGUAAAUCUGGAAAAAAAUGCCCAUGUCCCGUUUUGAAAACAAGCUCUUCAUAUCUUUUAAAAUAUUGUCAGACAUGUCGUAAAGACAACUACACGUGAUCGAAGAUUUGACAAGGACAAUGGGGGAAAAAUGUUCAGCAAAAAACUGAAUUUUAGGUGUAAAGUGUUCAGAAACUCGGGAAUCGCUUUAACGGUGCGACUACUUCAAAAUGCGACGCCGUCCUGUGAUAUUUGACACCUCGCCGUUGCCUUUGGGAACAUUAGCUCGGGA